GACACUAAUUUGGUUACACCGCGGUGCUAGCCGGCUAUAAUGCUAAAGCUAAACCACUUGUGCUGCUGGAAGCGAUAAAGGAGCUAAAAGUAAAAGCAUCCAUAAAAGCCGACAUAUCUCAUGUCUGAACGGACCCUGGCAGCAUGCAGGCGGAGUUUCGGGCUCCCCAGCGACGCUGCCGGGUGUACGAGGAGUAUGAGGCGCCUUUCCCUGUGUGCCGCAGCCCGGAGGAGAGGAGCUAUUUCCGAGCUGAGCUAGUCAGCCAACACGUCCUGGUUUGUGUGCCAGACCACAUCCACAAGAUUCACAAGCAGGGGUAUUUUGGUAAAGGUGUCCUGUCAAGAGCCAGACCGGACCACAGUGUUUCUGACCAGUGGGAGCAACAUGAAGAUUUGCUACUUCCUGUCCUCACACAGUCCAGGUAUGACCAGCUGCUCGGGUGGGCGGAGUUUACUCUCUUGGCCCAGGGGUUGGCUAAGGAGGCUGUCAAGCAAAUCCUGCUCCCACUGUCUCAGCCUGUGGAGAUGGAGGACGUGAGGAGGGAAACAGGAAGUAGGGAGAAUGGCGAGGGGCCAGAGGCAGACAGUCAAGCACCCCCCUGCGCCAAAAGGCUGCGGCCGACUUCAGACGUCACGUUGGAUGCCAAGACCAGCUGCAGGUCGGAAGACACACGGGUCUCCGCCCUCAGUCCUGACCCGCUUUGUGAACAUAGUCCUGACCAAGGAUCUGAUCUGGACUCUGACUUGGAUUUUGAGCCACUAGUUCCAGGUCCUGGUUUUGUACUUGUGCUGUCUGACGCUGAUGGUGACGCGGCGGCCCGCCAGGUCAGACGUAAUCCUUUCUGUCUAACGGAAUAUUUACAGCUCAGCCUGGAGGAGGCCUUCUUCCUGGUCUAUAGCCUGGGCUGUCUGUCUGUCCACGUGCAGCAGGAGCCCCUGUCAAUCAUCCAGCUGUGGAGGAAGCUGCGGUCGCUGCGACCUGAUUUCAUCAGCUCCUAUGCGGCCUAUCAUCACUUCCGCAGCAGGGGGUGGGUCCCCAAAGGAGGAAGUGGCGCCAAGUAUGGUGUUGACCUCUUGUUGUACAGAAAAGGACCCCCUUUCUACCACGCCAGUUAUUCUGUGGUGGUAGAAAAGGUUGAUGACGGUUUCAGCGGCUCGACGCGACGUCCAUUUACAUGGCGUUCUCUGGCAGCUCUCAGCCGCAUCACUGCUAAUGUCUCCAAGGAGCUGAUGAUGUGUUACAUCAUCUAUCCCGCUGACCUAACAGAGGCUGAGCUGGACUCACCUGCAUGUCUGAGCAAGCUGAAGGUUCAGGAGGUUAUUGUCAACAGGUGGGUUUCCUCCAAAGAACGAGCCGAGCAGGACGACAUUUGAUUGGCUGACAGCUGAGGGGCAUGUCUUCAUGGAAACAUAGUGAUGGAAUGUGUGUACAUUAAGUUCUAAUAAAUUGCCAACA